AAACCAUAUUUAGCCCUUUAAACUAUAUAGACAGACACAAGUUUUUCCUGGAAGGUUCACCCAGGCUUCCUUUUUUCUCAUGUUGGGCCCUUCAUUAUUGUCUUAUUAAAUUAUGUUAUGUGCAUACCUAAACUGGGUCAACAAGUUUGGUUCUUCUUUGUUCAUAAUUCAUCAAUACAGAGGCUAAACUUUUUCUAUCAAUCCUAUUCAAAAUUUGUGUUAUUGAGACACUAUGGUUCUGGAACUCGUUGGUGGAGCUUUUCUAGGUGCUAUCUUUAAUGUAUUGCUUGAUAGAAUAACUUCCCCUGAGGUUGUGAGCUUCUUGAAGGGGAAGAAACUGGACUACAUGUUGCUAAAGAAGUUGAAGCUGAUUUUGUUGUCACUUAAUGGAGUUCUCGAUGAUGCAGAGGGAAAGCAAAUUACAAAUGGAUCAGUGAAGGAAUGGCUCGAUGAGCUUAAAGAUGCUGCAUAUGAAGCUGAUGAUCUAUUGGAUGAGAUCUUCACUAGAGUUAAAUCUGGUGCAUGUGAGGUAAGGAACUUUUACUCUACUAGGAGUUCCUAUGAUAAAGAACUACAAGUAAACAUGGAGGAGAUCAUUGAUAAAUUUGAUUUUAUUGCAAAUCAGAAAGAUGUCCUUGGUUUAACAGGGGGUGUGGUGGGAAAAUUGUCACAAAAAACUCCAUCAACAUCUUUAAUUGAAUGGUCUGAUGUAUAUGGAAGAGAUGAUGACAAAGAGUUUAUAAUCAAGCUACUAUUUGAUGUAGAAAGUGAUGAUAACAAGAUAGGAGUGAUCCCUAUAGUAGGUAUGGCUGGAAUCGGAAAGACCACCUUAGCUCAACUUGUUUACAAUGAUGAUACAGUGACAGAAAGUUUUGAUCUUAGAGCUUGGGUUUGUGUUACAGAAGAAUUUGACAUUUUUCAGAUUUCAGAAACAGUUUUGGAGAUUCUUACUAUGUGCAAUUAUGGAAUUAGAGAUCUAAACUCAAUUCAACUUGAACUCAAGAAAAGUCUGAUGGGAAAGAAAUUUCUGUUUGUUUUGGAUGAUGUGUGGAAUGAAAAUUAUGUUGAUUGGGAGAUAUUGAGAAAUCUUUUUCAAUAUGGUGCUCAUGGGAGUAAGAUCAUUGUUACUACAAGAAGUGAGCGUGUAGCAUCAAUAAUGCAAACUACUCCAUCAUAUCAUAUGAGUUACUUAUCAGAUGAUGACUGUUGGAUGUUGUUUGCAAAACAUGCAUUUGAUUAUAGGAGCUCAAGAACAAAUCAGGUUUUGGAAGAAAUGGGUAAAAAGAUUGCUACAAAAUGUAAGGGAUUGCCUCUUGCAGCAAAAACACUAGGAGGUCUCUUACGCACAAAAACUGACAUCAAAGAAUGGGACAACAUAUUGAAUAGUGGCAUAUGGGAGUUGCCAGACACAGUGAGCAAUAUUCUUCCAGCUCUGAGAUUGAGUUAUUAUUAUCUCCCUUCACAUUUGAAACGAUGCUUUGCUUAUUGCUCAAUAUUUCCUAAAGGCUAUGAAUUUGACAAGGAAGAGUUGGUUUUGCUAUGGAUGGCAGAAAAUUUAUUACAAGCACCACAGAGGAAUAAGAGACUUGAAGAAGUUGGAGAUGAGUACUUUCAUGAUCUGGUAUCUAGGUCAUUUUUCCAACAAUCUAUCAAUAAUGAAUCACUCUUUGUGAUGCAUGAUCUUAUCAAUGACCUAGCUCACUACGUAUCUGGAAAAUUUUGCAUCAGAUUGGAGAACAACUCAAUUGAAGAUGUUGAAAGAAGAACUCGUCAUUUAUCACAUAUCACUGCAUGCAGAUACCCCUCCAUAGACUUUGAGGCUCUCGACAAAGCAAAUAGUCUGCGCACCUUUCUGCAGCAAAGCAUGGCAGAUCCACCCAUAUGCAUUCUGAACAAGGUACCUCACGAUCUAUUCACCAAGCUACGGCGUUUAAGGGUGUUAUCUUUGGUUGGUGCCCGUGGUAGUAUCAAUGAGUUUCUCCUCUUCAUUGGCAAACUAAGACAUCUAAGAUAUCUAGAUGUGUCUCAAACUCAAAUAAAGAAGUUUCCAAGUUCAAUCACAUCUCUAUACAAUUUACAAACACUGAAGGCUGCAAGGUGUCUUAAUCUCACACAAUUGCCAAGAAACAUGCAUUGUCUUGUGAAUUUAAGAUACCUUGACAUCACAGGAACUCGCAUAGAAGGGAUGCCAUUGCAGAUUAGUAAACUGAAAAGCCUCCAAAAGUUGAGUAAUUUUGUUGUUGGCAGAGGGCAAGCUUCUUCAAUUGCUGAAUUAGGCGAACUAGUACAUUUAGGAGAUUCUUUGCAGAUCCAAAACUUAAAACAUGUGGUUGAUCCCAAAGAUGCAAUGAAGGCAAAGGUCAAGGAAAAGAAAAAUCUUCACCGGUUGAGUUUCGAUUGGGGCCGAGCAGCUGAUACUGAAAAUUCCCAGCAUGAAAACAAAAUACUUGAAAAUCUGCAGCCACAUACCAAAUUGGAAGUGCUCGACAUCUUUCAUUAUACAGGUACACAGUUUCCAUCCUGGCUGGGAGAUCGUUCAUUCUUCCACCUAGUUUGCUUGUCACUUAAACAAUGUAAAUACUGCUACAUGUUGCCACCACUUGGGCAGCUUCCUUCUUUGAAAGAACUUCAUAUUUCAAAGUUUGAGGGUCUGGUUAGCAUUGGACCGGAAUUCUACGGAGUCGGUUGCUCUGCAGGGAAUCAGCCUUUUCGUUCUCUUGAAAUUCUGACAUUUUAUAGUAUGCCAGCAUGGGAGAAAUGGAUUGAUGAAGAAAGUUGCAGGGCUUUUCCUUGUCUUAGAGAGCUUCACCUAGAGGAAUGUCCAAUUCUACUUGGGGAAUUGCCUAGUUGUCUUCCAUCUCUUACAAAUCUUACCAUGAGAUACUGUAAUCGGCUUGCUACUUCACUUCCAAGCGCUCCCUCUAUGCGUACAUUACACGUUGACAAUUGCUGGAACGUGGAAAUUCUAGAACAGGUAAAUGGGCGCCACCACCACCAGUCACUAGAAUCAUUAGAGAUACACAACAGUUGUCACUCUCUCAAGUCCUUCCCACUGGAUUUCUUCCCCAACCUCAAGUCUCUGGUCAUCUGGGGUAAUGAAAAUUUGGAAUGUUUAACAGCUUCAGUUCCACAAAGGGAGGGACCAAUUGAACUCUUCACUUCACUCCAUUCAUUGUGUAUAUGGAGAUGUCCUAAUUUUGUAGCUUUUCCAGAUGGAGGAUUGCCCGCACCCGAUCUCAUAUCUUUGAAGGUUCGCUACUGUAACAGGUUAAGGUCACUUCCUGAAGGGAUGCAGAGUCUUCUCCCAAGUUUAAAGGAAAUUCAAGUGUAGAGUUGUCCAGAAAUUGAGUCACUUCCUUCUGGAGGUUUUCCAAUUAAUUUGGAAUCACUCAUGAUCAGGGAUUGUGACAAACUCAUCUCCAACCGUGUGGAUUGGAACAUGUCAUGUCUGACCUCCCUUGUGCACUUCUUUUUUGAGGGAAAAUGUGAAGAUGUGGAGUCCUUUCCAGAGGAAGGUUUGCUGCCUCCCACUCUUACUCAGCUAGUGUUAGGAAACAAUUUGCCCAACAAUGAAAACAGCAAACUGGGAAUUUAAAAGUAAGAGAAAGAUGAUUGUUUAUUGAUAGAUUUGGAGAAUUACAGAGAAGGGGAAUGGAUCCCUUUACUGACCAGAGCGUAGCUCCUUAUAGGAAGCUCAGUGCUUCCUAUCCAUUACACUUAAAAGCUAUCCAAUGAGAUACCUCUCUACCCCUCCCUAACUACCUUCUUAUAACAAAUCUAAAUACAAUCCUCUGCUCUCUUUCUCUCUCUGCCAGGUGUGCAUUCUGUUAGUUAGUAAUAGAUUCCUUCUGCCCCCUUCUAGAGUACACCUUCCAUAUUCUUGGCCC